CAGAGAGAGAGGCUCUGGAAGAGGGAUGCAGCCAGCGGACACUGCCGCCUCAAACUGCCGCGGUAACGGAACCUACCGGCACCCCGGUGACAGGACCGGGACCAGUGUAGCCAGCCUUGAUAAGUAAGGAGUCAUCUGGCUGUGGGGAGAGGUGGAGGAGGGCUGGAAGGACACAGGGAGGAGGAGGAGGAGAAGGAGGAGGGGGCUCUGCUUUUGGGGUUACCACCACCAGGUUGCGCACAACGGAGAGUCCAAGCAAAGUUUCCUCGAUGGCGCUGGUGAUGGAGCCGGUGAGCAAAUGGAGUACGAACCAGGUGGUGGAGUGGAUGAAAGGUCUGGAUGACUGUUUGCAGCAAUACGUGGGCGUUUUUGAGCGGGCAGGUGUGACAGGAGAGCGACUGCUGAGGAUCAGCCAUGCCGAACUGGAGGAGCUUGGAGUGUCUCGGAUCGGACACCAGGAACUCAUCCUGGAGGCAGUCGACCUUCUCUGUGCUCUGAAUUCUGGUCUGGAGACGGAGAGCGUCAGAACUCUGGCUCACAAGCUUGGAGCUUCAGCCAAGAACCUACAGAACUUCAUCUCCAGCCGCCGGCGGAGCAGCCAGUUGGAGAGCAGGAGCUCACGGCGUCUCCCCAAUGAUCUGCUGACCUCUGUGGUUGACCUCAUCACCGCUGCCAAGAGCCUGCUGGCAUGGCUGGACAGGUCUCCCUUUGCUACUGUGGCAGACUACUCUGUUACCCGAAAUAAUGUCAUUCAGCUCUGCCUGGAGCUCACCACUAUCGUACAGCAGGACUGUACGGUGUUUGAGACGGAGAACAAAAUCCUUCAUGUGUGUAAGACUCUGUCUGAAGUGUGCGAGCACAUCGUAUGCGUGUCAUCGGACCCACUGGUUUCCCAGUCUGCCCACCUUGAGCUGGUCCACCUCACAAACACCAAACCCUCUGAAGGCCUGGGGAUGUACAUCAAGUCUACCUACGAUGGUCUCCAUGUGAUCACAGGAACGACUGAAGGGUCUCCGGCUGACCGAUGUAAGAAGAUCCACGCAGGAGAUGAAGUCAUUCAAGUUAAUCACCAGACUGUGGUGGGCUGGCAGUUACGCAACCUGGUCGGCUCGCUGAGGGCCGAUAAAGGCACCGUGUCCCUGACCCUGAAGAAACGUCCCCAGAGCACGCUUAGCUCCGCCCCUGCGCUACUGAAGAACAUGCGCUGGAAACCCCUUGCUCUGCAGCCAACCAGAAGUCCAGGCAGUGGCUCAGCCACACCCUCAGGCACGCCCACCAAGAGCUCGGCUCUACAGGAACUCUACAUCCCACCUCCACCUGCUGAGCCCUACACACCCAGAGAUGAGACAGGAGCCUUGUCUGGAGAUGAAGCAUCCCGUAACCGUGGUGGCAUCAGUGCUGCCAAACGCUCUGAAUCACCAAACUCCUUCCUGGAUCAAGAGUCUCGCCGGCGAGAAGAGGAGGAGCCAGUGUACUGCACCACGCCCACAUAUGGCAGGCUGAGGCCCAUCUCCAUGCCUGUGGAGUGCAACUGGGUGGGCGACUACGAAGACCCAGCCAAGCUGAACAGAGAAACCCGCAGAGAUGCAUCAUUGUUACGUUACGUAGGCUUGUCCACUGGGGACGAGCGUACCAUCUCUGAGGACUACUCUUCACACACGGCUCGGCCAAAUAAGCGAACCAAUGACACUGCGAAGCGUGCUAAAAGGCGGAGCCACCACAGCCAAAGCCCCUCCCACUAUCUUCUUCAGACAAAUCAGAGGGAGUCUCCUCCCAGAGAGCAAACCUCUAUGUAUCAUACAUACCAGCAGUCAUCCUCUUUGCAGGCGAAGAACAGGAAGAAGAAUAAAGGACGGGGUCUGGCCUCGCUGAGUCGGAGGCGAGUUUCCUGCAAGGCGCUGGGCAGAGGAGACUGUGAGGGCUGGCUGUGGAGAAAGAGGGAUGCCAAGGGUUACUUCUCCCAGAAAUGGAAGAAGUACUGGUUUGUGCUGAAGGACAACUGCUUGUACUGGUACAUCAAUGAGGAGGAUGAAAAGGCAGAGGGUUUUGUCAGUCUUCCAGAGUUUAAGAUUGACCGUGCAAGUGAAUGUCGAAAGAAGUAUGCUUUCAAAGCGUGCCACCCCAAGGUCAAGAGUUUCUACUUUGCAGCAGAUGGAGUGGACGACAUGAACAGAUGGCUGAGUCGCCUCAACAUGGCAGCUGUGGGCUACGCAGAGCGGGAGAGGAUGCGCCAGGAGCAGGAUUACUGGAGUGAGAGCGAUCAUGAGGAGGACACCACUUCCAGCCCCAAACAGGACAGCCCCCCACCUCCAUAUGAUACCUACCCACGGCCUCCAUCAAUGAGCGCUUAUUUGGAAGGCCGGACCACUCGCCUGUCUUCCACAGAGACGUCACGCUCUCGAUCUUCUCAGGAGGACUUUUUGUGUAGUGAGCCCCCUGUGACCGCUGCAGAGCCACAGUACCAUCCAGGCCCUCUGGGGGGAGGCACCACACACAGCGGGAGGAAGCCGCUGGGCAGCAGCAGCAGCGAUGUGCCAUACAGAUGUGAUCCUGUGGAGUACCGCUCCAGUCCGGCAGGGGGCAGCAGUGAGACUGGCUCCCCAGGUCGUUCUUCAUCCUCGCAGAGACGGUCAUGGCAGGAUCUGAUUGAGACUCCGCUGACUGAAGCCGGAUUGCAUUACCUGCAAACUGGACCACUUGAGGAUGCCGUCUUUGCAGAGCCUGGCCUCGGAGGCAGUUCAAUGAUGGCUGGAGCGGUUUACACUCUUCCUCCUCAGAGGAACGUCCCUUUGCCAGUGGCGAUGCAGAGGCUGAUCCCCAUGGCAACCCAGGGAGGAAAACCCCGCAGCUUCACGCUGCCGCGAGACAGCAACCUGCACACACUGCUGGCACCGCCUAUGAAGGAAGAGCAGCAAACACAUAAUUGUGGCAGUGAGGGAGCAUCCCUGGGUGACCUGUUUCGUGCGUGCGAGCAGGGCGGAGUCUGUCCUUUAGGGCGGGGAUCAGAGGCCAAAGGCCAAACAGAAUUCAGGCAGUCCUUCCUCCGACGGGCUGCAGAUCCUCAGCUCAAUGAACGUCUGCACCGUCUCCGUAUACUGACCUCCACGCUAAAGGACAGGGAGGGGGAGCUAGCGCUGAUUGACAGGCUGCUGGCCAAUCCCCAGCUGUCGUCGGCAGAGUUCCAGGAGUGGAAGAGAGCCUAUCAGGAGCUGUUCACUCAGGAGCAGAACUCAGCUGCCGAACCAGAACCAGAACCCGAACCCGCUGACCCGGGGCCGCCCCUCACCCCCUCACUGUCCCACACACACUCCUACAUCGAGACACAUGUCUGACCUGUUUAAAAAGAACACUGAAAGCGUGUGGUUCUGAGUAAGGAUGCUGAUUAAUCAGGAGAAAGCGUCACGGGGCAUCAGAGUCGUGUUUUCUGCCGCCUCAGCGUAAUAAGUUCACCAUGACAGAUUACUGAGGAGCGCCUCAUGUCACUUGAGUCAACGAUCUGUCGGGUCAAGCCACUCCAGCUGAUGGCAGGCAUGAAGAUAUGCUAAUUCUUGAGUAUUACUAGUUAGCUUUUGUGCUCUGUACCUGAAAUACUCUCCUUGGAAAUGCCAUUCAAAGAACUCAUUAUUUUAUGUGGAUGAUUUUUUUUUUCAUCAUCUCCAUAAAAGGUAUAAAUCACAGAAUGUAUCUUUACUCAUCCUGCUUGUUGUGCCAUGUUUACACUGAACGCAAAGUGUCUCAUAGCCAGUAAGUUGACAGGCUUUUUACUCCAUGAAGCCUUAUACUUGAUAAUAUUGAUAUUGACUGUAUAGUGAGUGU